AUGCGGGAGUACAAGGUGGUGGUGCUGGGCUCGGGCGGCGUGGGCAAGUCCGCCCUCACCGUGCAGUUCGUCACCGGCUCGUUCAUCGAGAAGUACGACCCCACGAUCGAGGACUUCUACCGCAAGGAGAUCGAGGUGGACUCCUCGCCGUCCGUGCUGGAGAUCCUGGACACGGCGGGCACCGAGCAGUUCGCCUCCAUGCGGGACCUCUACAUCAAGAACGGGCAGGGCUUCAUCCUGGUGUACAGCCUGGUGAACCAGCAGAGCUUCCAGGACAUAAAGCCCAUGCGGGACCAGAUCAUCCGCGUCAAGCGGUACGAGCGGGUGCCCAUGAUCCUGGUGGGCAACAAGGUGGACCUGGAGGGCGAGCGGGAGGUGUCCUUCGGGGAGGGCAAGGCGCUGGCCGAGGAGUGGAGCUGCCCCUUCAUGGAGACCUCGGCCAAGCACAAAGCCUCGGUGGACGAGCUGUUCGCCGAGAUCGUCCGCCAGAUGAACUACGCCGCGCAGCCCGGCGGGGACGAGCCCUGCUGCGCCGCCUGCGCCAUCCUCUGAGCG